AUGUCACCAUGUGUCCCCUGCAGGUUCCGGGGCUGGCUGGUGCGCAGGGUCUGUGGCUUCCUGGCUGCCUGGGAAUGGAGAAUUCCAGCGGAGAGYCCCGGGGAGCUGCUGACACGGAUCUGCAGCAGCAGGAGGGUGCAGGAUGCUGCCUCAGGCCGGGAGCCUGGAUCCRGAGGGGAUGAGGGAUUCUGGCGGCGCUGCAAGGAGGAGAUCUGCCGUGUCCUGGGGGAAAUCCAGGCCCCGCUGUCCCCUCUGCUGCUGAGGCUGUGUCACUGGCUGCUCCCCAAGCUSCUGAGCCGCGUGUUCCUGAGCGUGCAGCUGCACCGGGGGCAGCUGGAGAUGGUGCUGCGAGCGGCCAGGACGGUACGGAGCGCGGGCGGGCAGCGCCAGCCUCCGGAACGCCGGGAAUUCAGCCCAGGAUCCCUCACUUGCAGCCCAAGGUGCCGCUGGUGUUCCUGUGCAGCCACCGCUCGUGGGUGGAUGGGCCGCUGCUGUCCUUCGUGCUCCUGUCGCAGGGGAUCGGGGUGCCCCGGGUGACGGCGGGCGC